AUGUAUUUAAAAACUUUUUUACUUAGAAAUGUAAUAAAACAAUGCAAAGUUAAAUACUUUGCACCUGUUAUAACUCACAGUUACGAUAGAAAUGAACACACAAGACACCAAUGGAACUGCAAAAAGAAUGCUACAAUUGGUUUAUUAGGCUCUGUUCUUAUUGGAUCUGCUGUAAAAGAUAAGCAAAAGGUAAACAAUGAAACAAAAGAAAGUGUACUGGAGGCUGGAGAAAAACAACCAGGCCUACCAACCUACACAGCUGAUGAAGUCAGCAAACAUGAUAACAAAGAUAGCUUCUGGGUCACAUAUAGGCAUGGUGUAUAUGACGUGACGUCAUUCCUCCCCUCCCACCCUGGGGGGGAACAGAUAUUAAAUGCAGCUGGACUUAGUGUUGAGCCAUUUUGGAAUGUCUACGGAAUGCAUAAAACUGAAGAAGUGUACAAAUUGUUGGAAUCAUAUAGAAUAGGCAACCUUCAUGAUGAUGAUGUGUUGGACCACAGUGACGAUGAACUAUGGGCAAAGGAACCUUACCGUGAUAAGAGAUUGAUUAUAAAAACUGCCAAGCCCUUCAACGCUGAAACCCCACCUGAACUGCUAGUUGAAAAUUUUUAUACACCAAAUGAACUAUUCUUCGUCCGCCAACACAUGCCAGUGCCGGACAUCGACCCGAACACCCACAAACUGAAAGUGACCAUAGUUGGCGACACCGACAACGUGAAGGAGUUCUCUCUAGAAGACCUGAGCAUGUUCCCUACGGAGACGCUGGACGCGGCGCUCAUGUGCGCCGGGAACAGGCGCACUGAAAUGAACAAGCCGGUGGCUGAAAUCGGUCGGGCGGAUAUUAUUAUAAUAGUGAUAGUGUCGGAGCAGGUGCGGCCGGUGAAGGGGCUGGGCUGGGCGGCGGGCGCCAUCAGCAACGCGCGCUGGCGCGGCGCGGCGCUGCGCGACGUGCUGCUGCACUGCGGCCUCGACCCGCGCCGCGCCGACCUCGACGACCUGCACGUCAUCUUGACAGGCGCGGACAUCGACGCGACGGGCGAGAACUUCUCCACGUCCAUCCCGCUGCGCACGGCGCUGGACGCCAACGCGCGCGUACUGCUCGCCACGGAGAUGAACGGCGCGCCGCUGCCGCGCGACCACGGCGCGCCGCUGCGCGCCAUCGUGCCCGGCGCGCCCGCCGUGCGCAGCGUCAAGUGGCUGCAGUCAAUAACGGUGUCGAGGUCCGAGAGCUCGUCGCACUGGCACCAGCGCGACUACCGGUCGUUCAACGCGUCCACGACGUGGGAGAGCGCGGACUUCCCCGCCGCGCCGCCCGUGUACAGCCUGCCCGUGACCGCCGCCGCCUGCGCGCCCGCGCACGGGGACGCCGUGUGCGCGCCCGGCGGCCGCCUCGAGGUCAGGGGUGAGUCAAGGGGAGGUGGAGAAUGCUCAUGUACAGGUCAAAAGAGACAUACGAACGCAGGGUACGCGUACUCUGGCGGCGGCGCGCGCGUGCUGCGCGUGGACGUGAGCGCGGACCGCGGCCGCUCGUGGCGCGCCGCCGCGCUGGCGCCCGCGCCCGCCGCCGGCGCGCCGCACUACGCGUGGGCGCUGUGGCGCGUGGCGCUGCCGGUGCCGCCGGACGCCACAGAGGUGGAGAUUUGGGUGAAAGCAACUGACAGCAAUUUCAACACACAGCCGGAAAAUUUUGACGAUAUUUGGAAUAUCCGAGGCAUUCUCGCUAACGCGUAUCACAAGAUCAAAGUUAAUAUUAAACAA